AUGGGCUUGGCCGGACCCAAAAACAAAACCAAGAUCUCCCAUGAUCCCAACAACACGAAAUGGGCCCGAUCGACGUCCGGCUUCGGCCACAAAAUCAUGAGCGCUCAGGGCUGGACCCCUGGUGAUCGCUUGGGCGCCAAGGACGCAGCGCAUGCGGCACACCUGACUGCGGCCAGUUUGAACCACAUCAAAGUCACGCUCAAGGAUGACACACUUGGCCUGGGUGCUCGCUUGAGCCGCGAAGGUCAGCCCACCGGCCUGGAUGCGUUCAAAGGACUACUGGGUCGGCUGAAUGGCAAGAGUGAGGAGGAAUUGGGUCGUGAACAACGGAAAAGAGACGACGUACACCUCGCUCGUUACGUGGCGCUCAAGUUCCCCGAGGUCCGCUUUGUGCGCGGUGGUCUGUUGACCCAGGAAAAGCUUCAACGACUACCAGAACCGGCUACUCAGAAAGAAUCAAAGGAUGCGACCAGUGAAAGUGAUUCUGCCGACAACACCGAAUCGGCUCCCGAGGAAUCUUCCCAAUCCAAGUCCAAGUCCAAGUCCAAGUCGAAGGAGAAAUCCAAGGACAAGUCAUCGAAAAAGUCCUCCAAGAAGUCUCGCUCUCAAUCCGACGAGACCGACAACUCAUCAUCCGAUAAGAAGAAGAAAAAGAAGUCCAAGAAGAGAAAGGCAGAGGAAGACGAUGACGACACUGAAACAAAGUCCAAGCGCCGGGCAUCUUCUCCUGACGAGAAGUCGGCGACCGUGGAGGGAACUGCAGUGUCCACAGUGUCAGUGAUCCCCUUGGGCGAGCGCCGGCCAAUGGGUAGACAAGUAUUCCGCGGGCGGCAUAUUGCACAGAAGAAGCGCGCUCUCAUGGAUGACAAGUCGCUCAACGAGAUCUUCAUGAUCAAAGCAUAG